GCUUAAUUAUUAUUCGCAACCGCUUUUAAAUCGCGUGCGAAUUUAUUAUUGGCUCUACUGUUCUUUACUACAUUACUACACUGAUGCAAUAAAGUUAAAGUGAAUACUCAUUCUAACUUAUUGCAUUAGUGUAGCAGUACAGCUGAACAGAAUAGACCUUUAUCUGAUGAUAUCUUCAGCAAUCUCUUCACUCGACAUUUGUGACAUUUGUCACCCUUAUCAAACGGGACGUUCCGUAGACACUCUUCAGAGGGCGUAGUAUAAAGUGAUAGACGCCAUGAUAGGCGCACAGUGAACGAAUACAAACUGACGAAUAACGUGCAAGAGUUUCCCUCCAUCCGGCUUGUUGUUGGUGUACAGUCAGUAUAGGUGGCUCCUGAGAAUACCCGGGGCGCCAGGAGGCGCUUCAUGCAGUGCGUUGCAGUGAAAGUGGAUAGGUAUCGGGGUCCGGGGAUUCCCGCCAUAAAAUUAAGAUCUGUGAUGAGGGAUGAUAUUGCUCGUCAAAACACGGUGAUUCGUGAAAUUGAAAAACAGCUACAUGUUGAAGAAAAUGUACAACGUUUAUUCUUUUCUGGAAAACAAUUAGAAGAUGGCUAUUACUUACAUGAUUAUAAUAUCAAUAUUAAUGAUGUUAUAUUGCUUAUGACAAAGACAGUAGAUAAUAACAAAAAUAAAGUAACGUCUGGCAAAGAAAAAAGAAUAGAGGAAGAAAAUAUAAAUGAAGAGGAAGAAUUAGAAACAGCUGAGAGUUUGUAUUAUAAAAUUGGAGAUGCAGUAGAUUGUAAGGAUGAAAACACUAAUGCCUGGUUUGAGGCUAUUAUAAAAAACAUUUAUAAAAAUGGAGAUAAAAUUCUUUACGAGAUAUCAUGGGAAUUUGCUUACGCGCCUCUUCAAAAAAUACCUGAAGCACAUGUACGACCACGUCCACGACGUUCAAUACCAUUUGAUGAAUUAUCUGUGGGUGACAAAGUCAUGAUUAAUUUUGACAUAGAUAAACCCGAGAAAACUGGUCUGUGGUUUGAUAUGACAAUAACUGAAAUAAUUAAAAAAAAAAGCCAGCAACAACUGGUUGGACGAUUGCAUGUCAGCAGUGACAACAGUGGGCUUUGUAUUCGAAAGAAAGUCAAAGAAGAAAUCUAUGCAAUAGAGACACCAAAAUUAUUAACAGAAAGAACAGCAGAUGAUGAACAGUACAUGAGGAGUAAUGGCAGAGCUAGACUUAUGCCCCCUAAUUGCGAGGGAUGCAAUGAUGACCCUGGUAUGAGAUGUCGAUCGUGUGGCUGUAAUAUUUGUGCUGGCAAAGAAGAAGAGGAUACGCUUCUGAUUUGCGAUGAGUGUCAAGACAUGUUUCAUAUGAAAUGUUUAGACCCUCCGCUUUUGGAACUGCCACAGGAAACUUAUUGGUAUUGUCCUGAAUGUAAAAUUAAUGAAAACGAAAUUGUCAAGGCAGGAGACAAACUGAAAAAUAUAAAAAGAAAACAAAUCUUUGAUAAAAGAUUGAUAAGUAAGGGAAGUGGAAUGGCAAAUGCUGGAAGACAAAAAAUCUGCUACAUGGUUCCUCCAAAUCAUCUCGGACCAAUUCCAGGUGUGGAUGUUGGUACGACUUGGUUGUUUAGAAUGCAGGUUUCAGAAGCUGGAGUACACAGACCAUUUGUUGCUGGCAUUCAUGGGCGAGAAAAGGACUGUGCAUAUUCUAUUGUUUUUUCAGGUGGAUAUGAAGAAGACUAUGAUUAUGGUGAUGAGUUUCUCUACAGUGGCUCAGGAGGUAGAGAUUUAUCAGGUAACAAAAGAGUUAGUACACAAAGCAAGGAUCAAAAACUCACAAGGUUGAAUUUGGCGUUAGCUAAGAAUUGUAACGCUUCUAUAAAUAAUAAAAUUGGUGCAGAUGCUAAGACAAAAUGGAAAGAAGGAAAACCAAUUCGAGUCGUACGGAAUUAUAAAUUAGCCAAAUUUAGUGAAUAUGCACCAAAAGAAGGAAACAGAUAUGACGGUAUAUAUAAAGUGGUAAGAUACUACCCAGACAAAAGUACUCAUGGCUUUGUUAUGUGGAAGUACAUUUUAAGGAGAGAUGAUCCCGCUCCAGCACCAUGGACAGAAGAAGGAAAAGCAAGAAUCGCUUUUCUUGGUUUAAAAAUGAUAUAUCCUGACGGAUAUCUUGACACGUUAGAGAAAAUUAAUAUGACUAAAGAAAAAAAACGAGUUGCUGUCGAGGACGAUGGUGGAAAAGUCAAAAAGUCUGUAGUAAAGAAGGCUAAGCAAACGUUUGAUCUGGAGGACGAGUUGAAAAAUUUUAUAGAUAAUGACAAAGUAAACGCUGAAUUGUGGAAUGAAUGUAAAGCGGUGUUAAGCGAUGGAAAACUCACUUUCUUGAACUGUGUGUCAGAAAGGUUUAAAUGUGUUUGCUGUCUCGGAAUACUUUACAAUCCUGUAACAACUCCGUGCAAUCAUAAUGUUUGCUUAAAGUGCUUAGUACAGAGCUUUACCUCAAAGUUUUACUUCUGUCCUGUAUGUCGAUAUUUUCUGGGAGAAAAUUACGAUAUGAUAGUCAAUCAGACAUUAUCAUCUGCACUAUUAUUAAUUUAUCCUGGCUAUAAAGGUGAAAAAUAAUGUUAUUUUCGUAUAAUAAUCCGUAAGUUGCUAAUUUUAUUGGUUGUUCAAUUAGAAUUAAAUUUCAUAUUAAAGUUUAUAUAUAGUGACAUCUCUAAAUUGUGUUUAACGCAAUUGUUUAUUUGAUUUUUGAGCUCAAGUUGUACAUUUAAAUUCAAAAUUAACCUGUAAUUAUUUUUAAGAAUCAAGUAGAUCGCCAAACAAACUAAUCCAUUACCUUCUUGUAUCUCUUAUUAUCUAAACACAAUUUUGAGAUUCUGAGGUAUACGUUCCCCAGUAUAUCUGACACUUAAAAUUUAUAAUUAUUAAUCGAAAAUUGAAAAAUUAAAUUAAUCUAAAGUACUUUUUUAUUAUAUUUUAAUUAUAAUCUUCAAUAUUUACAAAUAUAAAUUAAAUUUUAAUAUUACAAUAAAACAUUUUGAAUUGGUAAGUUUUUGAGUAAGCGUCUGGAUAGCUACAUGUUGCGUCAUUGAGACUCUACAUUAUUUUUCUUACUUUGCAAUAAAAAAAUGUAAAAAAUUGACAAUUCUAAUUUGUAAAUUAUAUUUUUUGUAUGAAUUUAUGAGUUAUAUAUGUCGUGGUAUGUGUAUAACUAUAACAUAUCUUCUUUACAAAUCACAAAUUUUAAAUUUAUGAUGUUUGCUUUGUUUGAAACUGAUUUAAAAUAUUCUAUUAUACAGGAAACAUUUGUUUUUCAUGAACUAAAUAGAUUAGCCAAAUGUUUUAUGCAAAAGAUAUUGUUAUCUUUGAGAUUAAAAUUUAUUAUAUUUAUUUAGAAAAAUUAAAAAUGUUUUAUUAUGAAAAUUUUAUAUGCCAGUUAAAACUUUAUGAUACAUUGUAUUCAUAUUUUUGUGAUUUAAUAUAAAUAUGUUAUACUAUUUAAGGAUAUAAAAAAGAUAUACGUUCAAUAUUGUAAUGCUAACAUCUGAUAUCACUUUAGAUGUUUAAUAAUUAGUGUUCUAAUAUAAA